AUGAAUAUAACAAUAGCGACGUUUACAAGGAGUUAUUUAAACGAAAGAAAAGCCGGUCCUCCGCCUCAGCCAGGGCAAUUGAAAUUCACGGUUGCCGAAACCUGUGAGAGAAUAAAAGAAGAAUUUAAUUUUUUACAAGCCCAGUAUCACACAUUAAAAUUAGAGUGCGAAAAGCUUGCUACGGAAAAGACUGAAAUGCAGCGGCACUACGUAAUGUAUUAUGAAAUGUCUUACGGUCUCAACGUGGAAAUGCACAAACAGACGGAAAUAGCGAAGAGAUUGAACGCAAUAAUUGCUCAGGUGCUACCCUUUCUUCCGCAAGAGCAUCAGCAACAAGUCGCGACGGCCGUAGAACGAGCCAAACAAGUGACCAUGACGGAACUCAACGCUAUCAUAGGACAACAACAGCAACAGGGAUUGCAACAACUCCUACAACAAAUUCACGCUCAACAAUUGCCUCACGGAGCACACGGACCUUUGCCACUGGGAGGACCUCAUCCCGGACUUCCCGUCGGACCGGGUGGGAUUUUAUUCGGCGGCGCGCUCGCAUCCGGAUCGGGUGGAGCGCCUUUGGCCUCGCAACCUCACUCCCUGUUAAAACCAUCGGCUGAUAUACACAACAGUCGGGAAAGCGAAGAUGUUAAAAGGCCUAGUAGUUUACCGGAAGAAAGACUGAGAAGUUCAGUUUCGCCCGCCGAACGGGAGAAAUAUCGCACGAGAUCUCCGAUAGAAUCGGAGCCUCCCGAUCUCAAGAGAGCAAAAGAAGAAAAACACGGAAACGAAAGCGACGCGGAAAAAAGUGAUCAGGAUUUGGUCGUGGAUGUUGCCACGGAAGAAGGUUUGUCCCCGGGACAGCAAAAUGGAGAUAGAAACGACGGCGUGAGAGAAAAUGGAGAUGUCAAAGUGAAAACGGAAAGGCCACCGAGUCGUUCGGGAUCCAGUUCGAACAGAUCCACGCCCUCUCUAAAAAGUAAAGAAACAGAGAAACCCGGGACUCCGCUUUCGAAAGCUGCAUCAUCUGCCGUUUCUGGAAAAUCCAGUGCAUUGCCUCUACUCGCUAGUUAUCCACCUUAUCCGCUAUCCGUCGGUCCUGGAUCUUCAAGAUCGGAUUCGUCUCCCUAUAACAGCGUACCACCUUCUCCUUAUUCAAGGCCUUCUUUGCUAGGAUAUGAGGCUCUUCCACAUCCCAGAACACCAGGACUCACAGCAAACGGAAUGAGUGCUAUUCCCGGCGGAAAACCUGCUUAUUCUUUCCACAUGAACGGCGAGGGUCAACUACAACCCGUCCCUUUUCCAACGGAUGCUCUCAUCGGACCCGGAAUCCCAAGGCACGCAAGGCAAAUCAACACUCUCUCGCACGGAGAAGUCGUAUGCGCCGUUACCAUAUCCAAUCCAACGAAAUAUGUUUACACGGGUGGGAGAGGGUGCGUCAAAGUCUGGGACAUUAGUCAGCCUGGAAACAAAAGUCCCGUUUCUCAAUUGGAUUGCCUGCAACGGGACAAUUACAUCAGAUCCGUUAAACUUCUUCCGGACGGGCGUACGUUAAUAGUCGGCGGUGAGGCGAGCAAUUUGAGCAUUUGGGAUUUGGCGAGUCCGACACCCAGAAUCAAAGCCGAAUUGACUUCAAACGCACCCGCUUGUUAUGCUUUGGCCAUAAGUCCGGAUUCAAAAGUAUGUUUCAGUUGCUGUUCGGAUGGAAACAUAGCCGUUUGGGACUUGCACAAUCAGGCACUAGUCAGGCAGUUUCAGGGACACACGGAUGGAGCUUCGUGCAUAGAUAUAUCCUCGGACGGUACGAAACUUUGGACGGGAGGUUUAGACAAUACGGUCAGAUCUUGGGAUUUGAGAGAAGGGAGACAACUUCAACAGCACGACUUUUCCUCACAGAUAUUUUCACUCGGUUAUUGUCCGAUCGGAGAAUGGUUGGCCGUCGGCAUGGAAAAUUCACACGUGGAAGUUCUUCACGCUGUCAAACCGGAUAAAUAUCAACUUCACUUACACGAAUCUUGCGUGCUUUCCCUCCGAUUUGCCGUUUGCGGAAAAUGGUUCGUAUCGACCGGGAAAGACAAUUUGCUCAACGCUUGGAGAACUCCUUACGGCGCUUCAAUAUUUCAGUCCAAAGAAUCAUCUUCGGUUCUCAGCUGCGACAUUUCUGCCGAUAACAAAUAUAUAGUGACGGGUUCUGGAGAUAAAAAGGCGACGGUUUACGAAGUGGUUUAUUAA